AUUAUUAUUAUUAUUAUUAUUUCAUUCAUUGAAUUAUUGUCAAUUAUUGUUUUUCUUACAAUUAUUUUGAUGGGUUUCUAUUAGGAUUUGCAGAACUUAGUUAAUUCUUCAAGCUAUGGAAGAUGAUUCCUCUAAAAAAUUAGAAAUUUGCUUUUGUCAAUUUCCACUAUAUAAAAAGUUUUUGCUACUUUUAUCAUAUUUUAGUUAGCAUCUACUUUUUUUGUACUAUUUCUAAAAGUUAAUCAUAUUUCAAUUCAUGCUGCCAAAUUCUCUUAAAAUAUCUCUUGCUUGAUUUUUUUGAUGGUAUCUGUUCAUCUAUAUGCACAUCUAGUGAACUUUUUAAGCGUGGGAAAAUCUCAUAUCGAUAGAUUAAAAAUGAUGCCUAAGAUCCCCUCUUAUUUCCAUAUAUUCUACCAUUCAAAAUAAGUCUAAAUUCAAUAAAAUAUUGAGAGUUAACUUUAAUCAGAGACUGGCCAUUUUUGACAUUUCCUGAUUUGGGAUGGGAUAGGUGACAAAAGAAAAAUCACUGUAGUGUCAUCCAUCAAACAAAGAAAAUGAAAUCCGAUGCCUCCAACUUGAAGAAGCGAAAACUGUUUGUCGCAGUUGCUGAAGACUUGGGUCAUCCUGUCGCAAAGCAUAUAUGUUGUGAUGCAGCUGUAGGAUCUGAAUGCAACUCGUUAUUCCUGAAAACUGUGUAUGCAGAGGACGAGGAAAUAGUCGAUACACUAGUAGAAUCAACUCAAGAUAGCAAUAGCGUUCACGGAGAUUCACAGUCGUCAACUGAAGUCGUAUUUGAUGAUGCAUCGUUUUUUACAAAGACGAAUUCACACGAUGAGGCUUCUACGUCCUGGACGAAUUCAAGAUCGGCUACAUUCAGAAAUGAAAAUGACCCGUUUUCUGUGGAGAGUAAAAUUAUGCGCGACAAAGGAGAUUCUAGUGCUUUGAAAGAAGGUAAAUUUCCUCAUCAACAUAACACCGCGUUUGGGUGGCAAGAUUUCGAUGAUGAUUGUCUCGAGGAGUGUAUUAGUGCACAUCAUUGCAAGGACAGCAAACAGACUGCUGAUGAGCUUGGAGAGUUCCUAAACUCUAGUGGGGUGAACACAACAUUGUUUAUGCUGUCUUCAGAGAAUUGGAAUGCAGAUCAAGAAGCUCAAAUGGCGAGACGCAAACCAACAAUUGAUCAAGAAUUUGAGCAGUACUUUUCAACACUUAUGUUGUAAGCGAAUUCGAGUUUUCUCUUAUAUGCAUUCAUGUUAUGUUCAAUUCAACUAGUGCAUGAAUUUGUAUAUAUCAAUAAUACAUCGCAAUUUGAAUUGCCCUUAAUUCCUUUUAGCUAAACUAUAUAUCAUUUCUCAUUCUAUAUUAUCUGUUGCUCUUUAGAGUUUGAUAUUUGUCAGUGUAUAUAACAUAUCUUGGAGCCUCAAUCAUCAGCUUAAGGUUUUGGUUGAAUUGGUUCCUUGACAUGUUAUUAGAAGCCAACAUGACAAAAGGUUAUGGGUUCGAAUCUCAACCACCCCUCAUUUAAAGUGGAAUAUUUAGCGCUUAUGCGCAUCCACACAUCUUGCCCAAUGGGCUCUCGUGUGAGGGGGCGUGUUAGAGUAUAUAACAUACCCUGGGGCCUCUUAAUCAUUAAUAAUAUUCAAGGAUUAUAGCUUUCUAUAUGGUAUUAGAGCAGCGGGUAGAGGUUGAUUGGCAGCCGUAGCCUAAUUCAUGACCUGUGUGCUUAAGUAGCGCGUCAAGGUUAAUCAGAAGCUGAACACAUACGUGAUCGAACAUCGAGUCAAGUUUACUUGGGCAACCCAAAAACUUGCUUAAUGGUCGAUGGCAAGUGAGUAUCUUGUGUGUUUCAUAUCAUGAGGCUGCAAAGAAGCUUUUGAAAUAAAUAAUUUUUUAAUAAAAAAAAAAGCAUUUUAAAAAUUAUUUCUCAAUAUGCCUCUGGUCAGGUUUUGUUCGUUGUUACUAGCAACGAACAAAGAGUUAGUAAUAGAGAAUAAAAUUUUACUCGACUUUUUGAUCGACUUUUUGAUCAACUUUUCUCUUUUUCACUUUUAAUCAAUGAUUUGAACAAAGAAAACGCUUAUUUUAGGAUAUAGUUUCAGGAAUGUUUAUUUAUUUAAUUUUAUUAAAACUUUAUUUAAUUCAAAAAUUCAGAUUCAAGAUUCAGGCCCUUAAGAUAACAAAAGCAUGGAUUAGUAUCAACGAUCAAGUAAGUCCCAUGUCACAUGUGUUACUACUUAGUAGGUUCUCUAAACUAAAAGGCGGAAUUAUUUAAUUUGAAUGGGAGCAUAAUUAAGAGCUUAGUGUCCAUAAUUAGGCAUCAAUGGGAACAUAAAUAAGCUAAGUGUCCAUAAUCAGGCAUUGACAAAGGCUUAAGUUUGUUGAAAGUUAACUAAAAAAAAUAAAAAAUCCUAGCCUCUAUUAUUUGUUUUGGGGUUACUAUAACGUCAUCACAAGUAUCAAUGCGGCUAGUACAGUCAAUUGUAUCAAGCAGCGAUGUGAAAGAGGGAAGACUUUAGUGUUAAAUCUCUUUUAUAAUGAUCGUGACUUUUUCUAUAUAGAAUUUUUUUGAUAAAAGUUAUUUUGUAUUUGAUCGAUUGUUAUUCUGUUAUAGAUGUCGUAUAACAUUUUUAUCAAUGAAUUAUUUUUUUUUUAAAAAAAGGGCUUAAAUUAGUUGAAAUAUUAAGUGGUCUAGAGGUGUUAAACUUCAAAAUAGACCCAAUUAUUUGAUUUUACCUGGUCUUAUAAUCAAAUUCGAUUUGACUCUACAUCAAAAAUAUAUUAGUAAUUAUGUAAAGACCAAAGUGGACAAUUUUGAAUCGACUUGAACAUUUGAUCCGAAAUCGAUCCAAUGUCUCGAGUAAGCACCUCUAAGUCCCUUUAUGUGCCAUUUCGCCCAUCACAUUAGUGAUAAAUAACAUGUCAUAUAUUUCAACAUAAAUUCUU